AUGUUGGCGGUUCAGUCAGCAAUGGACGCUCUGAGACGUUCGGCGACUCACGCUUCGGGCCAGCCAAGCAUUCUGCGACAACCAUCAGCUGAGGACUUGGACGCAGCACAUCAAUUAGUUUCUUCGGCGAGGGGCGGGAGAAUAAGUCCAUCACGACCGAAUGAGGGACACGGUGAUCAUGACUCGGCUUCGAGUGUUAGCCCAGCCUUGGCCGCGAUAGAUGGACCUGACAGGCAGCAGCGAAGAGCAAGCAGUGAGGCAAUGGAGAACCAGCCAAUGGGUGGGUUCAACCAAGUGUGCAGCAAUUGCGGCACAACCAAAACCCCACUCUGGCGACGCUCACCUGCCGGCAACACCAUCUGCAACGCCUGUGGUCUCUAUCUCAAGACUAGGAAUACGAUGCGCCCCACGAACUUCAAGCGAAACGUAUCUGCCGCGCCUCCAGAACACCCUGCUCAAGCCUCUGGGCAGUCAGCCGCGGCUCCAACGAUAUCUGGAGUCUCUGCUACCCCUUCCAAUUUACCAUUUCGUGAAGCCGAACAUCCUCCAGGGUCUUGCCCGGGCGGAGGAAAUUGUAACGGUGCUGGCGGUGCACAAGGCUGUGGCGGCUGUCCAGCGUUCAACAAUCGUCUGGCGAGGGCUCAGAAGGGGCUCGCCACAGCACCAGCCAUACCUCCAGAAGCCGGAUCACAGGCAAACGAGCGACGAUUGACUCCCACCGACCCCGUCACUACAGAUGAAGCUGCACCGCGGCCCGCAGAGUCCUCUUCUCCAAGUAUGCUUGUGGCUUGCAAAAAUUGCGGCACGACGGUAACCCCUCUCUGGCGCAGAGAUGAUGCAGGACAUCCUAUCUGCAACGCCUGUGGCCUCUACUUCAAACUCCACGGUUCCCACCGGCCCGUGCAGAUGAAGAAGUCAACAAUCAAGCGGCGGAAACGAGUCGUACCGGCAUACGCAGGUGGUCCGCCGCGAUCCGAAGGCGCUUCUGAUCACGCUGCUUCAACCUCGCCAGAGCCAAUGGAAGAGCAGGAUGUUGGCGGCGGCGGAUAUGAAGAGGUUGAUCCUUCAGCACCCAACCAGCCUGCGGCCAAGCGGCGAAGACCGCAUAUGCCUGUUGAUUUCACCGGCUACAAUCCAGCACCUCCACCGUUAUCGACAGUUCUGAACACCAAACCGCCCACGACCGGUGAUCAGUGGCGUGCGAAAAUCAUCGCCCCUCCGCCGGGGUCAACAUCUGAUAGUCGCAUCGAUCCUGCGCUGGAGCAGCGUGACGAUAGCAAGAAUGAGAAGCGGGCCAAGUUGAUGCGCGAGAUGGAGGCGAUGAGAGAGGCUUUGAAGGCGAAAGAACAAGAGAUGAACGAGCUGGCAUGA